AUUCUUUUAGGAAGGUAAAUAAUUUGCACUGUUGUUGGUGUCAUGUAUAUUCGAUGAUAAACAAUCAUACCAUUUUUAAAGUCCUUAAUUUUUCAAAAAAGUACUUAAUCCUUAAAAGUGCUUAAUUUUUGCUUUGUUGAAAGAGUGAGAACCCUGUUAUUAUAUGUAAUUAGAGUUUUACUCAUAAAAAUGGUCUGAAUGCGCAUAAACAUAUUCAUAUAGAUUAAAAACCUUAUUCUUGUAGAUGUGAAAAGUGUUUUUACAGAUGACUCAUCUAAAUAAUCACUUAUGCACUCAUACUAGUAAGAAACCUUGUGCUUGUAGUAUAUGCAAUAAGAGUUUUUCAGAACAGUGUUAUCUAACUGUAUACAAUGGCAUUCAUACUGGUGAAAAACCUUAUUCUUGUAAUAUUUGUAAUAAGAUUUUUUCACAAUAUAGACAGCAAUUUAAAUACCUUCACACUCAUACUGAUGAGAAACCUUAUUCUUGUAGUUUUUGAGGAAGGAGUGUCUAACUAAUCACACUCAUAUUGAUUACGUUCAGAACGGUGAUCACAAAGUCAGUUCCACUGAAAAUAAUCUACAAGAAACGAUAUCAAGUCACCACAAAGCAGAAAAAAAAACUAAGAGUUGGAUGUGCAUUGUUCUGAAUUUCAUGGUACUUGAAGACCAAAGAUAUUAGACAAGAAUAGGUUAUCUUAAAAAUUGUUUCUACUGCCAGCCACAGAGAAAGCAAGGCAUUCUCAUUAUCUCAUAUGACUAUGAAAAAUACUGUGCAUUUUUUAUUACUAUGUUUUUUUUAUUGCUAUGUAUUUAUUACUUUGAUUUUCAUUCCAUUGUAAAACUUAGAUGUAUUUAUAGCAAUUUAAAUGCUAUUUUUGCUUAGCCCUUUUAAUAUUAUAUCCAGUAAUAGUCAUUAGUAUCCAUAACUCAUUCUAAGAGACAUUUGAGUAAAAUUUUUAAUGAUGUUUUUCUAAAAAUGUAUUUUAACUUGUCAUAAGAUGGUUCACUCUUAAAAAAUCUUAUGAUGGUAAUAUAUUUAGAUCUUUGAAAUAAUAAUUAGCUACAUACAGAUUAAUACAGUUGCAUUUUAUACAAUAUGAGUUUUUUAGUAGACGGUAACAUGAUUAUGCUCAAUGUUAAUACUAAUAAGAAUCUUUAUUUCUGUGUUAUAUGUAAUAAGAAUUUUAAACGGAACAGUCAUCUGACUGUGCACAGUCGUUCUCAUACUGGCGAGAAACCUUAUUCUUGUAGUAUAUGUAAUAAUAGUUUUUCACAAAGGUGUCAUCUAAAUAACCAUUAUCUCACUCAUACUGGAGAGAAACCUUAUUCUUGUAGUAUAUGUAAUAAGAGUUUUUCAGAUAAGAGUAAACUAACUAAACACUGUCGCACUCAUACUGGUGAGAAACCUUAUUCUUGUAGUAUAUGUCAGAAAAGUUUUUCAGAGAAAGAUAGGCUGACUGUGCACAAUCGUUCUCAUACUGGUGAGAAACCUUAUUCUUGUAGUAUAUGUAAUAAGAGUUUUUCAGAUAAGAGUACACUAAAUAGACACUGUCGCACUCAUACUGAUGAGAAACCUUAUUCUUGUUGUAUAUGUCAGAAGAGUUUUUCAGAGAAGAGUAGGCUGACUUUGCAUAGUCGUUCUCAUACUGGUGAAAAACCUUAUUCUUGUAAUAUAUGUAAUAAAAGUUUUUCAGAGAAGAGUAUACUAACUAAACACUAUAGCACUCAUACUGGUGAGAAACCUUAUUCUUGUAGUGUAUGUGAUAAAAAAUUUUCAAGGAAGGAUUAUCUAACUAAGCACAAUCGCCAGCAUAAUGGUGAAUACCUUUAUUCUUGUAGUAUAUGUAAAAAGAGUUUUUCAUAUAGGUCUCUUCUAACUGUACACUAUCGCUCUCAUACAGCUAAGAAACUUUUUUCUUGUAGUAUAUGUAAUAAGAGUUUUUCAUAUAGGUCUCUUCUAACUGUACACUAUCGCUCUCAUACAGCUAAAAAACUUUUUUCUUGUAGUAUAUGUAAUAAGAGUUUUUUAUAUAGAUGGGAUCUAACGGAACACAAUCGUACUCAUACUAGUGAGAAAGCUAAUUCUUGUAGUAUCUGUCAUAAGAGUUUUUCAACGAAGGGUAAUCUGACUAGACACAGUUGUUGUCAUACUGGUGAGAAACCUUAUUCUUGUAGUAUAUGUAACAAGAGUUUUACGGAGAACAGUAAACUAAAUAGACACUGUCGCACUCAUACUGGUGAGAAACCUUAUUCUUGUAGUAUAUGUCAGAAGAGUUUUUCAGAGAAGAGUAAGCUAACUAAACACUGUCGCAUUCAUACUGGAGAGAAACCUUAUUCUUGUAGUAUAUGUCAGAAGAGUUUUUCAGAGAAGAGUAGACUGACUUUGCAUAGUCGUUCUCAUAGUGGUGAAAAACCUUAUUCUUGUAAUAUAUGUAAUAAAAGUUUUUCAGAGAAGAGUAAACUAACUAAGCACUAUCGCACUCAUACUGGUGAGAAACCUUAUUCUUGUAGUAUAUGUCUGAAGAGUUUUUCAGAGAAGAGUUGUCUGACUAAACACAAUCGCUCUCAUACUGGUGAGAAACCUUAUUCUUGCAGUAUAUGUCAGAAGAGUUUUUCACAGAAGAGUAGUCUGACUAAACACAGUCGCUCUCAUACUGGUGAGAAACCUUAUUCAUGUAGUAUAUGUAAGAAGAGUUUUUCCGAGAAGAGUCGUCUGACUGUGCACAUUCGCUCUCAUACUGGUGAGAAACCUUAUUCAUGUAGUAUAUGUCAGAAGAGUUUUUCCGAGAAGAGUCGUCUGACUGUGCACAUUCGCUCUCAUACUGGUGAGAAACCUUAUUCAUGUAGUAUAUGUAAGAAGAGUUUUUCACAUAAAUGUUAUCUAACUAAACACAAUUGCUCUCAUACUGAUGAAAAACCUUGAUUUUGUUACCAACGUAAUAAAAAAUGUUUUGUUAAUUUCUUCA